AUGGGCAGCAGCUCUGGCACAGAGCAGGCACUUAGGGCCCAUCUGAAGAGGCAUAUUGCUAGGAGGGUGAGAACCACCCGAGAAACACCGAAAUCUGGCUACCAGGGCAAUGCUCAGAGGGCCUGCCGCGGGCUGGGGGAGGCCGGCCGAAUCCCACAUCGGUUCAGAACCCACUUUCCCGAGCCUUGCCCGGGUCCGGGAAGGGUCCUGGGUCUGACCAGCGCAGGUAACCCUUCUUUGUCUACCUGUCUCUUCACAGAGACUCUGACGUGGAACAAGCCCAGUCUCAGCGGUGUGGCGCCUCUUCCCCGCAGUCUUCACUCGGCCACGACCAUAGGAAAUAAAAUGUACGUGUUUGGUGGCUGGGUGCCUCUCGUCAUGGAUGACGUCAAAGUGGCCACACACGAGAAGGAGUGGAAGUGUACCAACACGCUGGCUUGUCUCAACCUGGAUACCAUGGCCUGGGAAACCAUCCUAAUGGAUACACUGGAGGACAACAUUCCCCGAGCUCGAGCUGGCCACUGUGCAGUUGCCAUCAAUACCCGCCUGUACAUCUGGAGUGGGCGUGAUGGCUACCGCAAGGCCUGGAACAACCAGGUCUGCUGCAAGGACCUCUGGUACCUGGAGACAGAAAAGCCACCAUCCCCGGCCCGGGUGCAGCUGGUACGAGCCAACACCAACUCCCUGGAGGUGAGCUGGGGGGCAGUGACAACAGCCGACAGUUACCUUCUGCAGCUCCAGAAAUACGACAUUCCUGCCACGGCUGCUACUGCCACCUCCCCCACACCCAAUCCAGUCCCGUCGGUGCCUGCCAACCCUCCCAAGAGCCCUGCCCCAGCAGCAGCCGCACCUGCUGUGCAGCCACUGACACAAGUAGGCAUCACGCUCCUGCCCCAGGCUGCCGCUGCACCCCCAACCACCACCACCAUCCAGGUCUUGCCAACGGUGCCCGGCAGCUCCAUUUCCGUGCCCACUGCGGCCAGGACUCAAGGUGUCCCUGCUGUUCUCAAAGUGACCGGUCCUCAGGCUACAACAGGAACUCCGUUGGUCACCAUGCGACCUGCCAGCCAGGCUGGGAAAGCCCCUGUCACUGUGACCUCCCUGCCUGCUGGUGUGCGAAUGGUUGUGCCGACACAGAGUGCCCAGGGCACGGUGAUCGGCAGCAGUCCACAGAUGAGCGGGAUGGCUGCACUGGCAGCCGCAGCCGCUGCCACCCAGAAGAUUCCUCCUUCCUCAGCACCCACGGUACUGAGUGUCCCAGCGGGCACCACCAUCGUGAAGACCGUGGCUGUGACACCUGGCACUACCACCCUUCCAGCCACUGUGAAAGUGGCCUCCUCUCCGGUCAUGGUGAGCAACCCGGCCACUCGCAUGCUGAAGACUGCAGCCGCCCAGGUGGGGACAUCUGUCUCCUCUGCCACCAAUACGUCUACCCGCCCUAUUAUCACGGUGCACAAAUCUGGGACCGUGACAGUGGCCCAACAAGCCCAGGUGGUGACCACAGUGGUGGGUGGGGUCACCAAGACCAUCACCCUGGUGAAGAGCCCCAUCUCUGUCCCAGGAGGCAGUGCUCUGAUUUCCAAUCUGGGCAAAGUGAUGUCAGUGGUCCAGACCAAACCAGUUCAGACUUCAGCAGUCACAGGCCAGGCGUCUACGGGCCCUGUGACUCAGAUCAUCCAGACCAAAGGGCCCCUGCCCGCGGGAACAAUCCUGAAGCUAGUGACCUCGGCAGAUGGCAAGCCCACCACCAUCAUCACCACCACGCAGGCCAGUGGGGCGGGAACCAAGCCCACUAUCCUGGGCAUCAGCAGUGUGUCCCCCAGUACCACCAAGCCCGGCACGACGACCAUCAUCAAGACCAUCCCCAUGUCAGCCAUCAUCACCCAGGCGGGUGCCACAGGUGUGACCAGCAGUCCCGGCAUCAAGUCUCCAAUCACCAUCAUCACCACCAAGGUUAUGACUUCAGGAACGGGAGCGCCUGCCAAGAUCAUCACUGCUGUCCCCAAGAUUGCCACUGGCCAUGGACAGCAAGGAGUGACCCAGGUGGUACUAAAGGGGGCCCCUGGACAGCCAGGCACCAUCCUCCGCACCGUGCCCAUGGGGGGCGUUCGCCUGGUCACCCCCGUCACUGUCUCCGCUGUCAAGCCAGCUGUCACCACGUUGGUUGUGAAGGGCACCACAGGUGUCACGACCCUCGGCACAGUGACGGGCACGGUCUCCACCAGCCUCGCCGGAGCUGGGGGCCACAGCACCAGUGCAUCCCUGGCCACGCCCAUCACCACCUUGGGCACCAUCGCCACCCUCUCAAGCCAAGUGAUCAACCCCACUGCCAUCACGGUGUCAGCUGCACAGACCACGCUGACAGCGGCCGGUGGGCUCACGACCCCUACCAUCACCAUGCAGCCUGUCUCCCAGCCUACCCAGGUGACGCUGAUCACAGCACCCAGCGGCGUGGAGGCCCAGCCUGUGCACGACCUCCCUGUGUCCAUUCUGGCUUCUCCUACUACAGAGCAGCCCACAGCCACAGUCACCAUCGCCGACUCAGGCCAGGGUGACGUGCAGCCUGGCACUGUCACGCUGGUGUGCUCCAACCCACCCUGCGAGACCCACGAGACAGGCACCACCAACACAGCCACCACCACUGUCGUGGCCAAUCUUGGGGGACAUCCCCAGCCCACCCAAGUGCAGUUUGUCUGCGACAGACAGGAGGCAGCCGCUUCUCUUGUGACAUCGGCGGGGCAGCAGAAUGGCAGCGUGGUCCGAGUCUGCUCGAACCCGCCCUGCGAGACCCACGAGACAGGCACCACCAACACCGCCACCACCGCCACCUCCAACAUGGCUGGGCAGCAUGGCUGCUCGAACCCGCCCUGCGAGACCCAUGAGACAGGCACCACCAACACUGCCACUACAGCCAUGUCGAGUGUCAGCGCCAACCAGCAGCGAGAUGCCCGCCGGGCCUGUGCCACCAGCACCCCUGCCGUGGUCCGGAUCAGUGUGGCAGCUGGGGCCACGGAGGCAGCCCAGGGUUCGAAGCCCCAGUGCCAAACCCGCCAGACCAGCGCAACCAGCACUACCAUGACUGUGAUGGCCACCGGUACCCCAUGCUCGGCCAACCCGCUCCUCGGGCCAAGCGUGACACGGGAGGCUGUGGGCCACAGCGCUGCUUUUGUGCAGUUGGCUCCUCUAAGCAGCAAAGUCGGGCUGAGCGGCCCCGGCAACAAGGACGGGCCCACGGGGUGCCAGCUGGAGACACAUCACACCUACACAACCAGCAGCACCACCAUGGGCGCUGGGGAGCCCGGCGCGGCACACGGGGCCUCUGCGCCUGCGUACGAGAGCCUCCAGAGCAGCCCGCCCGGCAGCACAGUGACUGUGACAGCCCUGGAGGCCCUGCUGUGCCCUUCAGCCGCCAUCACCCAAGUCUGCUCCAACCCGCCGUGUGAGACCCACGAGACGGGCACCACCAACACCGCCACUACCUCGAAUGCGAGCAGCGCCCAGCGGGUGUGCUCCAACCCGCCCUGUGAGACCCACGAGACAGGCACCACCCACACGCCCACUACCGCCACUUCAAAUGGGGGUGCAGGCCAGCCCGAGGGCGGGCAGCAGGCCCCUGCUGGCCGCCCCUGUGAGACACACCAGACCACUUCCACCGGCACCACCAUGUCGGUCAGCAUGGGGUCCCUGAUCCCCGACGCCACGCCCUCGCACAGGACCCUGGAGCCCGGCUUAGAUGUUGCAGCGCCAUCCAGCGUCGCUGCUCAGGCCAGCAACACGCUGCUGGCCUCUUUCCCAACACAGAGGGUGUGCUCCAACCCCCCCUGUGAGACCCAUGAGACAGGCACCACACACACGGCCACCACUGUCACCUCCAACAUGAGCUCAAACCAAGACCCCCCACCUGCUGCCGGCGAUCAGGGAGAGGUGGAGAGCACCCAGGGCGAUAAUGUGAACAUCACCAGCUCCAGUGCCAUCACAACAACCGUGUCCUCUACACUGACGCGGGCUGUGACCACUGUGACACAGUCCACGCCGGUCCCGGGCCCCUCCGUUCCGAAGAUCUCAUCAAUGACUGAGACUACCCCAGGGGCUCUGACUACUGAAGUCCCCAUCCCGGCCACGAUAACAGUGACCAUAGGCAACACAGAAACUUCUGACAUGCCCUUCUCUGCUGUUGACAUCCUGCAGCCCCCAGAGGAGCUCCAGGCCUCACCGGGGCCUCGCCAGCAGCUGCCACCACGGCAACUCCUGCAGCCUGCGUCCACACCCCUGAUGGGGGAGUCCGCCGAGGUCCUGUCAGCCCCCCAGAACACUGAGCUCCAGGCCGCCGUGGAUCUCAGCAGCACAGGGGACCCGUCUUCAGGCCAGGAGCCCACCAGCUCAGCGGUAGUGGCCACUGUGGUGGUCCAGCCACCCCCGCCCACACAGUCUGAAGUAGACCAGUUGUCACUUCCCCAAGAGCUGAUGGCUGAGGCCCAGGCAGGCACCACCACCCUCAUGGUAACAGGGCUCACUCCUGAGGAACUGGCAGUGACUGCUGCCGCGGAGGCAGCUGCCCAGGCCGCAGCCACAGAGGAGGCCCAGGCCCUGGCCAUCCAGGCAGUGCUCCAGGCCGCCCAGCAGGCCGUCAUGGGCACUGGGGAGCCCAUGGACACAUCGGAGGCGGCGGCGGCCGUGACGCAGGCGGAGCUCGGGCACCUGUCGGCCGAGGCCCAGGAGGGCCAGGCCACCACCAUCCCCAUCGUGCUCACACAGCAGGAGCUGGCCGCCCUGGUGCAGCAGCAGCAGCAGCUGCAGGAGGCACAGGCUCAGGCCCAGCACCACCACCUGCCCACCGAGGCCCUGGCCCCCGCCGACAGCCUCAAUGACCCGACCAUAGACAGCAACUGCCUCAACGAGCUGGCCAGCGCCGUCCCCAGCACCGUGGCCUUGCUGCCCUCGACGGCCACUGAGAGCCUGGCUCCAUCCAACACCUUCGUGGCCCCCCAGCCAGUUGUGGUGGCCAGCCCGGCGAAGCUGCAAGCAGCGGCCACCCUGACAGAGGUAGCCAAUGGCAUCGAGUCCCUGGGUGUGAAACCCGAGCUGCCACCCCCGCCCAGCAAAGCUCCUGUGAAGAAGGAGAACCAGUGGUUCGAUGUGGGAGUCAUUAAGGGCACCAAUGUAAUGGUGACACACUAUUUCCUGCCGCCAGAUGACGCUGUCCCAUCAGACGAUGACUCGGGCACCGUCCCCGACUAUAACCAGCUGAAGAAGCAAGAACUGCAGCCUGGCACGGCCUACAAGUUUCGCGUCGCCGGGAUCAACGCCUGUGGCCGGGGGCCCUUCAGUGAGAUCUCGGCCUUCAAGACGUGCCUGCCUGGCUUCCCAGGGGCACCUUGUGCCAUCAAGAUCAGCAAAAGUCCGGAUGGUGCCCACCUCACCUGGGAGCCGCCCUCCGUGACCUCUGGGAAGAUCAUCGAGUACUCCGUGUACCUGGCCAUCCAGAGCUCCCAGGCCGGCGGCGAGCCCAAGAGUUCGACCCCAGCCCAGCUGGCCUUCAUGCGGGUGUACUGCGGGCCCAGCCCCUCCUGCCUCGUGCAGUCCUCCAGCCUGUCCAACGCCCACAUCGACUACACCACCAAGCCCGCCAUCAUUUUCCGCAUCGCUGCCCGCAAUGAGAAGGGCUAUGGCCCAGCCACCCAAGUGAGGUGGUUACAAGAAACCAGUAAAGACAGUUCUGGCACCAAGCCGGCCAGCAAGCGGCCCAUGUCCUCUCCGGAAAUGAAAUCCGCUCCAAAGAAAUCGAAGGCAGACGGCCAGUGAGAGGAGCUGGCCAGCACUCGGAUUCUUCUCCAGACCCCCUGCUUCAGGAACCACCCGCCAGGGCCCGCCCUUCCCACCUACCCUGGCAUCCAGCAUUCGCACUUGACCCUCAGCCACUGGCUGCUGCUCAUGCCCUCUCCCCCGUUCUCUGUGUUAAAAAUAAUCGAAAGAAAGCACAUUUGACUCUUGCUGUCGGAGGAAGCAGAGGCAGGUUGGAGAGGCAGCGCGAGAGGGGAAUGUCCCUGUUCUCCCCGC